AUCUUCAAUUAAAUUUGAAAAAAUAUAUUAGUUGGCGCCCUCUAACGCUGUUAUUUCGAACUAAUUUGGAGAAAAUGUCGUCUGCACCAGAAACCAUUGAUGAACAACAAUUACCAGAAGAUCUGAUCAGGUUAAAACCCAUUGAACCUUUACCAUCUGACUGUUGUGGAUCAGGCUGCACCCUUUGUGUAUUUGACAUUUAUGAACAGGAAUUGAAAAUAUGGAAGAAAGAAUGCAAGAAGUAUUUCCUGAAAGAUAAAGCUUCGAACGAGAAAGAGUCGGAUGCGGAAAAUGUGAUAUGUCAAGAAGAAUAUUCUAAAUUUACUUUAAAAAAUAUCAUAAAGGAAACAGUUAACAGCAGUAUUUAUCGUUUUAAUAUAUCAAAUAAUAGAAAAUUAGGAAUAAAAAUGGGUCAGCAUUUGAUUUUAAGAGACUCAUUUAAUAAUGAAUGGAUUACAAGACAAUAUACUCCAAUUAGUCCUGUUGACACAGAAGGUCAUUUUGAUGUACUUAUUAAGUUGUACGAACAUGGAAAAAUGUCCAAAUGUAUUCAUCAAUGGAAAAUUAAUGACAAAAUCAGUUGGCGUGGACCAUUUGGAGAUUUUCAAUACAAACCAAAUUCUUUUUCACAAAUAAUAAUGCUUGUAGCUGGAAGUGGUAUUACUCCAGUGGUCGAAGUAAUUCGACAGAUUCUUGAUAAUGAGGAUGACGAAACGUUUCUGUGUCUCUUUUAUGCAUGUAGAUACUAUGAUGAUAUAAUGUUGAAAACCAAGUUAAAAUCCUGGGAAAGUUAUUGGAAUUUUACAGUAGUCUACUGCCUAAGCCAAGAAAGUGAUAAAACUAAGAAGAAAUACGGUGAUAAAAUCCACUACGGCAGGAUCCACAAAGAUUUAAUAUUGAAGGAAAUGAAAUUCAAAGUAAAAGACAUUUUCGUUCUCAUCUGUGGAUCUUUCUCAUUUAAUAAUGACAUGAAAAACAUAAUAAAUCAGUUAAGGAUUCAAAAUCAUUUUAUAUUUUAAAAAUAACUGUCUGAAAUUGUAUAAAGAAUACCAGUAUGUAAAUAUUUUUUUAUACUCUUUUAUAA